CUUUUCACUUUUGACAUUUGACCAAAACUCAAAAAUCGGAUCUAAAUUAUCGAAGAAAUUGAUAUUUAUCUCAAAGAAAGCCCUAUCAUCUAUCAAAAAACGAUAAGAUUAAAGUUUCUUAUCAGGAUCAUUGAUAAAUAAAAACUAAAAUCUGCACGUUUAAGAUGGAAACGAUUGCAUAUUUUCUUGGUGCAUUUAUCUGUUUUUUCGUAUUCAGAGUAUUAUACUUACUAUACAAAAUAAUUUUUGGGAAAUCCCAGCUAAAAAGUGAUGAACCAAGACUAAGAACACUAAUAAGUAUCGGAUCCGGUGGGCAUACUACGGAAAUGUUGCGAAUAGUCGGCACACUUAAUGCUACAAAAUAUCUACCACGGCUUUAUGUUAUGGCCGAUAACGAUGUUAGCAGUGAAGUUAAGAUUCGAAAACUGGAAGCUCAAGAGAAACACUUCGAAAUCCAUCGCAUUCCUCGAAGCCGAAACGUAAACCAGUCCUAUUUCACUUCUGUAUUCUCAACUCUAAGGGCUAUGUUACAUACUUUUCCAAUAAUCUACAAGUUUAAGCCACAGGUUAUAAUCGCGAAUGGACCUGGCACUUGUGUACCUAUUUGUUUUGUAGCAUUUUUCCUACGAUGUCUUUUCAUACUAGACUGCAGAGUUAUUUUCAUUGAGAGUAUCUGUAGAGUCAGAACGCUGUCUCUCUCUGGCAAGAUAAUGCAGUUCCUUGCCGAUGUGUUCAUUAUACAGUGGCCUCAAUUGAGGGAUGUUUGCAUACGAGGCCAAUAUUUCGGCAGACUGACCUAAACUAUUGAAACGCAUGUGUAACUAGACAGGUUUAUUUUGUAAAGGAGAUUGCAUAAUUUAUAUAAAAUAUUCCAUUUAAUUAUAAAAUUCGGCCGACUUACAUGUUAAGUACAAAGUAACAUCUUGUUAUUAUUUUACAUUUAUUGUUGUUUUUAAGUCAAUAUUUAAGGCAAUGAGCUAUAGCUCACAUGACUGAUCUCAAAGUAAGUCAUAAUAUUAGGAAUACAACUAUUUCCAAGGCGUAAUUACCUAUAUCAAUAGAUUUAAGUGUGAAAUUAAUCUUAAUAGUCAACUAUAGGUAGUCAACAUAAUGAUAUAUUUUGGUUUUUA